AUGUGGUCGAAUAGCAGAAUGUUAGCAGUGGAAUCAAGCGACACAGACACACUGGAAGCGUAUCUGAAUCUUCCGGAAUUGCCAGGAGGAUCAGAAGCUUUCGAGUUAGUGGCAAAGUACUGUUACGGGCUUGAUCCCGGGAUCUCAAGCUACAAUGUUGCAGCCAUAAGAUGCGCAGCAGAAUACCUAGAAAUGGAACCAGAACCCAAUAUCCAUGGCCUAGACUCACUCGCACAAUCCUACUUCAAUAACAUCGUUCUCCCCAACCUUGGAAACACCAUAGCAGUUCUGCGCAGCUGCAAUAACCUGCUCCCACUCGCUGACGAUCUCCAAAUUGUGAACAAAUGCAUUAAAAAAAUCGUGUCCGUGGCAUGCAACGAGCUCAUGGUGUGCAGAAACGGAUGGGAUUCAGAGGACCAGAAAGGCUUGGAAGAAUCGUGGGUAAAAAAACUGACAGAAAUGCAUAUAGAUUUCUUUGAGAGAAUAGUGAGAGCCAUGAAAGCCAGAGGAGUUAAGCAGGAAAUCAAGCAGCGAGACCAGCGAUCUGUGGUGGAAGGAAUUGCGGCUCUUCUUCCGCCGGGUAAAAAUGCGGCCCUAACCAGUUUUCUUUCUGGUCUGCUCAGAACGGCCAUUACAGUGGAUGCUUCGCCUCAGUGCAGAAUGGAAUUGGAGUCGAGACUCGCCAUGAGUCUCGAUCGUGCGAUCUCUCAUGAUCUUCUGGUUGUUUCUUUUUCGCACAGCUCUGAUACUCUGUUUGAUGUGGAGGUUGUGCAGCGGGUUGUUACCAAUUUCUUGGCAUUCGCUUUGACAGACUCUGCGGGUGAUGAAUAUGAGGAAGAUGACCAAGGGUCGGUGGAGAUUGACAGUCAGAUCAGUGGGAACGCCAUGGAAAAGGUUUCGACGCUCAUGGAUAGCUAUCUGGCGGAGAUUGCACCGGACAAGAACUUGAACAUCUCGAAGUUUAUACUUUUAGCGGGGGCUGUUGGGGAGAAAGGGCACUUGGUUGAUGACGGGCUCUACAGGGCCAUUGAUAUUUGCCUCAAGGCUCAUCCAGGUGCAACGGACGGGGAGCGCAACAAGCUAUGCAAGCUGAUGGACUGUCAAAAGCUGUCGGCGGAAGCAUGCAUGUACGCCGCCAAAAACCAUUGCCUUCCUCUUCACGUCGUCGUGCAAGUUCUCUACUUCGAGCAGCUCAGACUUCGCCAUGAAAUCAACAGCGGAAGCGGAAACGAAUUAGAAUAUGGAGACAACUGUCCUUCGCAGGUGAUGAACAAGCGCUUUCUGAGUGCAUUAAGUUCGUCCAGGGAUGGGUAUGAACCGGUCCGAAUGGAGAACAGAGACCUCAGAUUUGAAUUCUGUCGGAUGAGAAUGAGAAUGACAGAUUGGGAGAAACAGUGCGUGCGCAUGAAUCAGAUUAUGGUCGUUCUUCACAUGGCAGAAGUUUUAUUGUUCAAGGGAAUGCUCUAUAUGGUCAUAAAGCACCAUGUAAGCAUGGCUGGAUUGAAUAAAGUGUCAUGGAACCACCAAGGAGAGCCAACCCCUACCAUAGAUUAUAAUUUACUAGGGCUUCAUGGAACAAGGCCAGUGCAAGCACAUCCUGUUUUACCAACUUAA